AUGACCGGCGAACGUGCGCAGGAAGCCGACCAAAUCAAAGUGGAUCUUGACGAGGCCGCACGCCUCUAUGCACUGAAAAAAUACGAGUCGUGUGCCGACAUUUUGGCGGAAACUCUCGAAACCCUGUAUCUUGCACCCGUGCUGCAUCAGUACGGCCGUGCGCUCCUCGAGCAUGUGAUUUUUACAGCAGGAGCAUUGGGGGGCGAUGGUGAUGGCGUGGAUGUGCCCUCGGCGAACGAAGCGGUCGCUGCGAAGAAGGUAGAUGCGGACGAGUCCAAAUCUGCAGGCAAACGAAAAUCUAUUCACUACGAUCCUGAGCCCGCUGAGGCUGAGGAAGAAGAGGAAGAUGAUGAUCUCGCCGUCGCGUUCACUGUACUGGAUCUUGCACGCGUAAUUUAUGAGCGCAUCCUGGACAUGUCCGCGGACAGUCAUACGUCAUCGGAGCAAGCAUCUCCGAAACUCAUACUGCUAACGGGAGAGACAAUGGAGAAGAAUGCGUUGAUUGCGGAGCUUGCUGACGUACACAAUGAUCUCGGCGAUGUCGGGCUGGAGACGGAGAACUUUGAGCAAGCAUCGACAGAUUACAACGACGCACUGGAGCUAUUGAAGCCGCUUCUUUCGCCCUACUCUCGACGCCUAUCGGAUGCCUACUUGCGUCUUGGCCUUGCACUGGAGUUUCACCCGGACGUUACGCGCCGCACAAACGCACAACCCAAUGUGGAGCACGCCGCAGCGAUUCUGCGCUGCCGCCUGGACGUGCUGCAGGACCCAAGCAAAGCCCAGGAAUCUACCUACUUCGCGAAAGACCGUCUGUCGACCCUUGACCAGGACGCACGCAAUUACGAGAUCAAAGACGUGGAAGAAGUACUGAAGGACCUGGAUGCUAAAGUGGAGGAAAUGAAAUCGACGCCUGCGGCUGCAAUCAACCAAGAGGGCAAACUGGCAGAUCCCAAGUUGGAAGAAGCGAUCCGUGACGCGUUCAUGAGUGCUGCUGCGUCUGCACUUGGUGAGACCAUGCCAAGCAGUUCAAAUGACGUGCCUGUGAACGACCUCAGCGCGCGCGUCAAACGCAAGAAAAAGAAUUAG